AUGCCUCGCUCAUCUCGCUCUUCGGGAGGUCGACCUGCUGCUCGACCCGCUGCACCGGCUCCUUCGCACCAACAGAGCCGUGGCGCGCACACCCAGUAAGCUCCCAUGCCCCUCGUCACCACCUCCAUCUCCACAUGCGGAUGCUGACCAUUCCAGUCUUCUCCCUCAUAGAGCUGCACCACCGGCACGUACCACUCCCGCUGGUGUCCCCGCUCCCCAUGCCGGCCAGCCCCAACAACCGGGCAUGCUCGCUAACGUGAGUCAGCGCGCCCAUCUCGCACGGACUGCCUCCAAGCGUGCCCCCACCCGGACAGCUGACCUCUGAUCUCAUCAACUCCGAUCCGACAGAUCGCCUCGACCGCCGCUGGUGUCGGUAUGGGUUCCGUCAUCGGCCACGGUGUCAGCAACAUGCUCUUUGGCGGUCGAUCGUCCGAGGCCGCCCCCGUUGCGGAGCCGCAACAACAGUCGUACGACGAGAGGAGGAUGGGUGGAAGCUGUGACAUUCAGGCCAAAGGUGAGGAUCGGAUGAGAUGGGAUAGGUUGUGUGGGCAGUUCGCGCGGUGUGGCAAUUGCAGCUUAGCUGACACGACCGUCCUCUACCUGUCCCCAGACUUUACUCAAUGCCUCAACGCGACCGGAUCCGAUAUGAACGCGUGCCACUUUUACCUUGAGCAACUCAAGCAAUGCCAGCAAGCCGCUAGUCAAUACUAG